CUUAAACAAUGGUCGACCUUGCAGUGAGGUCGAAUGGGUGCGUAUACAGCCUUCCCAAUUGAGUGAGCCGUGCAAGGUGGAGAUAGGCUGAUGACCGGUCGGCGGGCUGUCUGUCGAUGCUGUGUAAGCUAAGCCCUGGGCUGUAGUGUGGCUGGCGAGCGUGUAUACGAUUGCGGGCAAGAGGGACGGCAGGCAGAAGGAUUAAGAGAAGCAGUUCCGGCCGGCGGAAAGGCGCAACGGAGGGCAACGAAAAGAAUGGAAGAACGACUGGGCGGACUGCAAGGAGUCUGUGGGGAUGGCACUGCCAAAGGGGAGGAAGGGAGGGAUGGUCGUGAUUGGCCAGCGACCGGGUGGGCCUGCCUGCGCUGAAGGGAAGGGAGGGGAGGGAGAGGUGAAGCGAACUGCACUGACCGAAGAGUCUCUCGCGGGCAGCGGGAUACUUAUUCGCGCCCCUCGAGCGGCAGCGCGCGAUGCUCGUUUGAGCGGUGCGCUGGGAGGAAUGCUGGUGCGGGUGGGUUGCGCGGUGGAGCUGCAGGCGCGAGCCAAUGGGCGCGCGGGGCCGUGGUUGUUUCGCUUGGUGCGCGCCAGCGGGUGCUCGGGCCAGGCGGUUAACUGGCUAUCUGGGGCCUCUAUGCGAGGUGAGAGGUGCGCUGCGGGACGGCCAAAAGAGGCGUGUUUCAAGACGCCCGCCUGUCGAUUCGCUGCUGGCCAGCUGUUUACCACGCCUGUACGCUAUUUCAGAAACGGCGCCUGUCAGCCAAUCUCGCGACUCCGGGGCCGUCUGUGUUUCAAAGCGCGCAGAGAGUCGUUUUAGAACAAGCCGCGCACUGCAGGCGGCGCUGGUCGAGGGUAAAGCGGGUGGAUGAGGUUGGGCGGGGGUUGCUCCUCGGCCUGCGUGCAGCAGCGCUGUUGAUAACCAGCGCGGGCGG